GCGCGCUCAGUCUCUCGCAAUGCCACACAGAGGGCUCAUAGUCGACGGACUAUGGCGAUGUCUCUGUCCUUCAUUUAAUCCUAUUUCUUUCAAGAAUGCAACUACCCUGUCAGCCUCCUUGAGGCGGACUCAAUCGUUGUGCGCGGUCAAGAGCGCGUCCGUACGCUCAAAAUCGGCUUUUGCACGACGACCCUACAGCACGAAUCCCACCCACGAUGCAACGAAUGUGAACCAGUCAAAGCUAGAAGCCUCCAAUCUUUCCACCUUGCAAGAUGCGCACGAGUCAAAACAAGAAGAAGAGCAAGCAAAAGACGAGAGCCAAAAUGAAGCUCCUCCGAAGUUGAAGUUCAAACGGGUUAUGGUACGAAAGCCGUCGCGGGCCACAUUCGGUGUGCCAAAAGAUCUGGAACAAAGAUCGACUACCAAUCUGGAGAAUUUGCUUCAGAAACUGGUGGCAAAGUCGCCUAAUAUCCGCGGCGCAACCCAGAUUCUACGUAUUCUGAUCCGAGACCGCAAUGUCCGUCCGGAGGUUCGUCAUUAUCGGGCCCUGAUACUCGCCAACACGGAUGCUCGAUACGGGUCGCCGGAAAAUGUGCGGAAUCUGUUGAAAGAGAUGGAGAAUAAUGGGAUCCCAGCUGAUUCCGGGACACUCCAUGCUGCUUUACGGGCCGUGGCAGUUCAUCCAGAUUAUCUGCUGCGCCAGGAGAUACUCUAUACUCUUCGAGAUCGGUGGCUAUCCCUAAGCCCCUCUGGAUGGCAUCAUGUUGUCGCGGGGUUGAUCCGAGAACAUCAAUUCGAGCUGGCGCUGGAUCAUAUUGCGCAUAUGGAACGGAAGGACAUCCCGGUGGAAAGCUGGUUGCACAGUCUGUUGGUUUACAAUCUAUGUGAGGUGGAGGAGUUCGAUGAAGUCUUGAACUUAAUGCGAGGCCGGGUAAACCAGGGCCAUGAGAUGACAUUGAACCUAUGGUUAUAUGUCCUUGACCUGGCAAGCGAGGCCUUACACCAUGAACUGACAACUUAUGUCUGGACGCGUGUCGUUGAGUUGGGCUAUUUGAACCCAUCCAGAGGAGUUUGUAGCAACGUACUGACACUUGCUUCACGAACGGGGGACACUGAACUCGCUGCUUCCGUCCUCCGCUUCUUUGAGAAGACCGGAGUGCCAUUCUCUUUGGAGGAUUACGAGAAAUUCGUCGAAACGCAUCUCAUGGCAGGAGAUCUUUAUACCGCAUUCAACAUCCUCUGUGGCAUGCACGAAUCGGGUACUGAACUUGAAGAAAGCUCAGUCCGUGGUAUACUCACCUACAUGAUCCGGACGGGCACGCAACCUCGAGAUGCUUGGGCGAUGCUGAAACGGAUAAAGUCCUCGGGCAAGAGUGUGCCCAUCGGUUGCGCGAACGUUGUCAUUGAACUCUGCGAGCACGCAUCUCCAGACGGCGAUUCAGCCGUAGAUCAGGCAAUUCGAUUCUAUAAGGAACUCUACACAUUGUGCCCUGGUGGUGCUGAUGUGGCGACCUACAACUCUAUCAUACAGAUAUGCCGAAACGCCAAAGAUACCCAGGCGUGCAUGUUUGUCAUCAAGGAAAUGGCUGCACUAGGGGUUUCGCCGGAUGCCACGACAUUUGAGCGCUUGAUCCAGAUGAGUCUGGAUUCAGGAAAUUUCCAGUCUGGGCUCAUGUACUUCAGGGACAUGACGGAACGCGGCUUCACUCUGAACACAGCCGCUGAGACUGAAAUCUGGAAGCAGUGUCAACAAUCAGAAGACGAGUUUGCCUCUCUGCUCAGGUCGAGUCUUCAGACUGAUAUGGAUCAUAAGAAACGCGAAUCAAGAACAGAGAUGAUGUCGGAACUGGCAGGAUUGAUUGAUCUCGAUGGUAUGCCGGCAGAAGACGCUAGCAAUCCGGCCGGGAAGCGGCCUAGUGAGUGGAUGAAGUUGAGAGAACAAAGGAGGCGGAUGUGGAGGGAUCUCCGCAAAGCCGCUGGACUUAGUCCGGACAGGUCGAGAAGAAGGCAGUCAGCAAUCGCCCAAAGGAGCAAACACUAGAUAGAACGGAUGAAGGACGGAUCUCUACCGAUAUGGAUGAAUGGGAAGCCAACAAGGAGCAAACUCAUAGAUAUCGGCCGUUCCGAAAAGCAUCAUUCACAUGAGCUAUGCUUUUCUAGUCUUGAAAAUGUAUUAUAUAUUGAUGAUAAAACUAAGUAUUACUUAGUGCCAGCUAGAUACCCUAUCAAUGACUAUCUUGUCACUUUUGUGUAACAAUGACUCGAG